AUGCGGGAACGAAUAUGUCAGAGGGCCGAAAAAUCACAUUCGUUGAAAGCCGAACAAAGCGAACCUGAAACAAAGCCUACAUGUGACGAAGUCCCAGCAAUAAAGAAAAAGCGAUCCGGACGAAAACCUAAGUUUGCGACUUUCUCAGAUGCAAGGAGCAUUCAUCAGCAUGCAUCAGCAGACAAGCGAAACAUGAUACUCUCCACCGUAUUAUCAUUGCUUGUGGCGGCAAACUGCUACCGUCUUUCGCGGAAAGAAAAUGAACUGUUGCAGAAAAGCUGCGGUGUGGGCAAUUUAGGGUCUUCCUCUACAAUGAAAAUACUUGGCGGACAUCUUAUAAAGCCAGGCGAGUAUCCCUGGAUGGUCAAGCUGCACUUUCCCAUAGAUCUGGGAUUUAUACAAACUGUGACCACAUGCAGUGCAUCGUUAAUCUCUCCACGACACAUUCUCACAGCCGCACAUUGUACGAAAUACCUCAGCUAUUCGAAUGUCACAGAUGAAUGCGAUGGAAAGCUAAAGAAUUCCGUGUUCUCGGAACUCAAGCCAGAAGAAUUCGCCGCGUACGUUGGGACCCUCUGUAAUCCUCCCGAAAGAUGUAAUAUUGCACACUCAGUCUCGAAGGUUUUUGUCGACAAGAAAUGGGACCGCUGUGCGCUUUUGAAGGAGGAUAAGUUUCUCCCGUUUACGCACGACCUUGCUGUUCUCGAACUCAGUAGGGAAGUCAGCAGCAAGGAUGCCAUCCCAAUUUGCUUACCGAACAGGAAACUUGAACUGGCAAAAGAACUUCAGGCUGCAGGAAGUGGAUUUGAAAACUGUAAGUUUAUGUAUCUUGUAUUGUAUACAGCAAUGAGAAAUGUUGACAUUUGUCAAUAA